AUGAUUCGGAAUCCAGAUCUCGAAAACUUUGUUUGCUGUGCAGUGUGUAAUAAAAUAAUACCACCACCGCCUGUUGGGGAAGCUUUCCAACAGAUCCGUGAAUAUAAACCAUUUAAGACAAGGUUUUAUACUCACAAGGAUAUACUAGGUAUUGGGCUUGAGAUUCAUCAAAAGGAAGAAAAAAUUCAUCAUGAUAAACUGGAAAAACUUCUUAAAGUAGCACAGGAUGAAGUGUGGGCAAAGGCUGAGGAUAUAACAGAGGAGCAAGUGAAAAAAGCUGUCAAGAAAGUCCAUGAUAAACACCUGGAGGAAAUAAAAACUUUAAAGAAAGAACAUCAAAAGGAAUUGGAGGAAACAGUGAAACUUGCUCAGCAAGAGAUGAGAGAGAUCGUGGAAGAGGAAAUGAAGAGAGAAAACAGGGCUGCUGAACAGCGCAUGGUCCAUAGAAUCCAGAAGAUCCUCAAGGAGUGCCAUGAUGAAAAGCUCCGGGCAAUGGAGGAAGUCCGAGCCGAAGAACAGCAAAUAACGAUGGAACUACUGAAUAAGCAGAUGAGGAAGAAUGAGGAGAAAAUCCUGGAAGCUGGGAUUCUCUCUCACAAGACUCUUGAAAAAAGUAUAAAAGAUGUGACCAGAGCCACACAGCACCAGAUGAGCAUCGCUUUUAGCCUCAGCCAGAAAGAGAAGGAAGAAGAAGUUAACGAAGUGCUGCAGGAGGUGGAGAAGUUUCAUAAGGUUGCCAUCAGGAAAGUUUGCAAAAAGCUGACCGUCACUGAAGAGGAGCUGCAGGAGAAGACUGAGAAGCUGGAGAACAUGACCCACUGGAAGGACUUCCUGGAGGAGGAGCUGCUGGAAACCCGGGAGGCAUUUCAGAAAUACAUCAAUGCUACAUUUCCUAUGCUUGCACCGGGACAAGCAAAUUUUAUUCUACCACUAAGAAAGAAACCACCCAGUGAUAUAGAAGAAUACAUUAAAGCCAAAGAUGAACAAAAACUACCCAGUGGUGUAGAAGAAUACGUUAAAGCCAAAGAUGAACAAAAACCACCGAGUGAUAUAGAAAAACACAUUAAAGCCAAAGAUGAAAAGCUCUCCAGUUGAGAUUGCCCUGAAAAGCCAAUUGUUAUUCUGGUCACCAAAUAAAUUCAUUCAAUGAGCCUUCCUUGGGUACCUCUUAGGGUUAGGCACCUGGGUAGCCCAAUAGCUGGAGCAAUGGACUUGGCAUAAGUAAGACCUGAUUUCAAAUACUACUUCAGUCCCUUACUACAUCUUAGACCCCAGUUAAAGUCAAUCAAUCGACUAGCAUUUAUUAAAUACCUACUGUGUCCCAGGCACUGUGGUAAGCACUGAAGAUAACAAGGAAAGGGAAGAAAACUGUCCUUGCCCUAGAGGAAGGUACCUUCUCUAACCAAAGAGGCAACAUGUAAAUAACUAGAUACAUGUAAGAUAUGUACAGAGUAGAUGAAGGUCAUCUAAAGGAGGAAGGCAGUAA